GUCGCUGCUGGCAGAGGCUGUUGUUGUUGACAAAAACUCGCUAAAUAAACAAUUAAGACAGUUGAACGCUGGCAAAUCUUAGAUUAAAUUGUUUCAUAAGUUAUGGAUAGCCAGGCACCGAUCGAUGAUCUGCUGUUGGACAUUGUAGACAAUGCCUGGCGCAUGGAAGUUCUGCCAUUCGAUCAGAUACUAGUGCCACUCGAAAAGCUCCCCGAUCCGGAGGCCGAUGGUGGUGAUUCACAUUUGACUCUGAGCGAGCAGGAACAAAAGUGGACUGAUUUGGCGCUGGGUUCGCUGGCACCUGAUGCGGCACUGAUCGAUCAACUUAAUAUUACAUCUAUCUAACAAAGGACGAACAGUCCGCGGGCGAGCACCUCCUCGCCCACCUUUCUAGCCCCCCAAGUUUUAUAUUCAACACAAACACCCCACCCACCACCAGCAUGA